AUGAAAUUUUCAAAAAAUAGAUUAUUGUUCCUUAUUCUAAAUCUAAUACAAUUGGGGUUUUCUAAGAAAACUGAAGGUAAGCUGAUGUUUCAUGUACAUACGCAACAUUGAAUUGUUCCAGGUGAUCUCUAUAAUUUGUUACUAGAAGAUUAUGAACCUUUGGAGAGACCAGUUGAAAAUAGUUCGGAUGCUGUAAAAGUAAAAAUGGGUCUGGUUUUGCAGCAAAUUGUUGAUGUUGUGAGUUUUUCACGUCAUUAUUGCAAAAUUGUAUCAUAAACAAAAGUGCAGCUAAAAAAAUUAAUUUUUGAGAUUCAGAAAAAAACAAAUUAUUAAAAAUGUUCGAUACAAGAAAUAUUGAACAUGUGUUGUGUUUUCCAUUUUUUUUUCAAUUACGGACCUAUUCAUCUGCAAAAAAUAUUUUUUUUGCAAAUGUUAUUUACGCAUAUUUCAAAAAAUUCUGAAGCUGCUUCAAAAAACGUUGAAUAACAUAACAAAUAUAAUUUUAGGACGAAAAAAAUCAAGUGGUCGAUGUGAAUGCUUGGCUCAAAUUCUCAUGGAUCGAUUAUUCGCUAAAAUGGAAACCUGAAGACUACGGUGGAGUUCAGGAUUUGCGAUUUCGAAGUGGUCAAUUAUGGACGCCUGAUGUUUUGAUGUAUAAUUCUGCUGAUCCACAAUUUGAUAGCAGAUAUCCAUCAAAUUUAUUGGUUUAUCCGAAUGGAUUAGUCAAUUGGAUGCCACCAGGUUUUUAUUGAAAUUUUGAAAAAAAUAUUUUCAAAAUAUUUCCAGGCCUUUAUCGUUUGUCCUGUAAAAUUCAAGUAGUCUGGUUCCCAUUUGAUGUUCAAGAAUGUUGGAUGAAAUUUGGAUCUUGGACUUUUGAUGGAACAAAACUUGAUUUAGACAUUGAUGAAAAUGGAUUCGACACUUCAAGUUAUAUGCAAAAUGGUGAAUGGACUUUGGAAUCGACUGAUUUCAAGAGAAAUAUUCAACAAUAUCAGUGUUGUGUUGAACCGUAUUAUGAUAUUGUUUUUGUUUUUGUAAUUCGCAGAAGGGCACUUUAUUAUGGUAAGCACAAUUCAUAUAAUUUUUUAGAGCAAUUUUUUCUCCAAACCUUUAUGAUUCUUCCAGCUUUCAAUCUAAUUCUUCCCUGUAUUCUGAUCACAAUGUUAACCCUCGUUGGCUUUACAUUUCCUCCAGAUGCUGGUGAAAAAAUGUCACUUCGUAAGUCUUUCAAAUUCCCAUUUAAAUCACCAUAAUUCCCAUUUUUCAGAAAUCACAAUCAUGCUUUCAAUUUGUAUUUUUCAAAAUUAUGUGGCUGAACUAUCACCGCCAACUUCAGAAGCUGUUCCAUUUCUCAGUGCAUUUUUCGCAGUUUGUCUUUUCACUUGCGCGUGUUGUGUUACCGCAACAACUCUUGCCUUGAAUUUUCAUCAUCGAAAUGGCCGUUCGCAUCAAAUGAAUCCCACGGUGAGUUCGAGCGAAGCGUAUGUAAACCGCAAGCUUCCGCGUAGCGGCACUGGCAAGUUUCUCUGCGUCUCUAACUCUUAUCGAGCAAUGUGCAGAAGUUUUGAAAAAAUGUUCUAGACAGCAAGCGCGCUCCAAUGCAACAUCUGUGCAAUACAAUUAUUUUUAAAUUUUUAUUUUGCGUCUCUAUCAGAUCUUUCUACAGAAUAACUUUGAGUUGGGCAAAGUUUCAGCGAUGGAUCGAUAAUUGGUGACAUUUUCAGAAAUAUUGAUUCGUAAGCCAUUCCCUGAAAAAUUUCGAGUGAAUUUUUUAUUCACAAAAAUUUGAAACAAAACUGACCACUUCCAAAAACCUGCUAAAAAUUGCAAACUUUGUGAAAAACUCAUUUUUCACGCCUCCAAAAAUAUUCUCCAAAGUUUUCGCGGGCUCCACAUGUUCUCGCACAUAAGUUUGUCUAACUUGCUCCAAACUCAUCAUUGCUUCAUCAGCCAAAACAAUCAAUUCGGUUGGUGUCAAUAGUCCAUUUUUGAUCGCAUGUUUCGCUUUCGAGAUGACUUUUCGGAUUUUUAGCGUUUUUUCCGAGUGUUUGAAUUUUCGCAAAGCUCGUGCUAAUCGAAUAUUUAUGAUUAGAAUUAUCAAAGCAAAAAUGAUAACAAAUGAAGCAAAAACACAAGAUAACUGAAAAAGGGACUUGGUUUUUGGUGGGAAAUUUGGAGGAGAAAACUGACCGUUUGAUGAACCAUUAUUAGAAAAUUAAAAAUGAUGGUUUUUUUUGUUUCGUUCGGAAUUCGAAAAAAAAGGUCACGAGGAUAUUGCGUUUCAGAAAUUUUUUUGAUGAUAAUUUGAUAUUCUUACAGUUCCGCCUUCUGAUGCUCGACUGGAUUCCAUGGCUUCUUUUAAUGCGCCGGCCAGGCUACGAAGCCCGCUCCGGAACAAUGCUCAAACUCGAAGAAGAAAUGGAUGAUGAAUUUGAAGAGCGCCAAGAACGCCUGAAUCAACAAAGAAUAUCUGAUUUGAUCAACGAAUUGACAAUGGAAUCAAGAACAACACCAUUAACAAAUCGACGAGUUACAAUAAUUGAUGAAGAAGAGAAUGGGGAGUUUGCACAAAAUUAUCAUCAAAAAAUAAUGGCAAAACCCAAACAUUUAUGGUGGAAUUCUCGUGUUCCUGUGGAACAAAUUGCUCAAUUAUUGGUUCUACAACAAGUUCACGGUCAUUUGACGGUGAGAUCUUGGGAGAAAAAAAAAGAAGAAAAAAUCAAGCCACCUAGGGGACUCGAACCCCUGACCUUAAGAUUAAAAGUCUCACGCUCUACCAACUGAGCUAAGGAGGCCUCCGAGGGAGAAGCUUGGAAUUCUCUAUUUAAAUCUUUCAGGAAAUCAACAAAACUAUUCGUGAUCGUGAAAUGGCCAAAAAAGUGGAAGAUGACUGGAAAUUUUCAGCAAUGGUGGUCGAUCGAAUUUGUAUGGUCAUUUUCAGCACAUUUUUAAUUGGCUCAACGAUUGCGCUUUUCAGUUCAGUUCCUCAAUUAUCAAGGUCUUUCUAG